GGAUCAUCAAAAAUAAAUUUAAUAAAAAAUAAAAAAGAUCGAAAAGUGAAAAUAGUUUUACCAGAAGAAGUUUUACCAUCAAAAGAUGAAAUACCAUUCGAUCAACUUGAUUUCUCUAGUUUUCCAGAGGGAUUUCAGCCUGAUAUGGACCCAAGACUUCGAGAAACACUUGAAGCUUUAGAAGAUGAUGAAUAUGUAGAAGAUGAUAUAGAUGAUUAUUUUGAGAAACUUAAUAAUAAAGAGAAAGAUGAUGACGAUGAAAAUGAUAAAAGGUCAAGAACAACAGGAUAUUCUUUAACUAGUUCUAUAAUGUUUAGAAAUGAAAAGUUAAGAUUGUUAGAUGAUCAAUUUGAAAAGAAUAACAAGAAGAAUAAUAAUGAUGAUAAUAAUAAUGAUAAUAAUGAUAAUGAUAGUAAUGAUAAAUUGACAAAACAUUCAACACAAUUACUUAAAAAAAACAAAAGAGAUAAAUUGAUAGAAAUUGAAAGUGAACAAAGUAUUAAAAGUCGACAACCUUGGGAUUGUGAAUCCAUUUUGACUGCAAGAUCAAAAAAUGAAUCAAAAGAAGAAAAGAAAAAACGUAAAGAAGAUAUUAAGAAGGAAAGAAAGAAAUCUCUUAAGCAAGCGUUCACCAAGGAACGUACAAAACAAACUAAAAUUUCAGAAAAUUUUCAGAAAAAUUUUGUUGGUGCAAUUCAUUUGGAAUAA